CUCAUUGGCUGCUGUGUAUAAGUAAUGGUUUGACUGGUGGUGGGGCGCUGCGCGGGGUGGGUUUUUUUUUGAUUAUUAUUUAUUUUAGUUUUUUCCAAGCUUUCUUGUUUUUUCUUCUUCAUCUGAUAAAUAUAAUAAAAGAAAUGGGCUUGAGUUUUUCAAAGUUAUUUAACGACCUUUUUGGUAAAAAGGAGAUGCGUAUUCUUAUGGUCGGUCUUGAUGCCGCUGGUAAGACUACCAUCUUGUACAAGCUCAAGUUGGGAGAGAUUGUAACCACUAUUCCCACUAUCGGCUUUAAUGUUGAGACCGUUGAAUACAAGAACAUCUCUUUUACCGUUUGGGAUGUUGGAGGACAAGACAAAAUUCGUCCUCUCUGGAGACACUACUUCCAAAAUACCCAAGGUAUCAUUUUCGUUGUUGAUUCCAAUGAUCGUGAUCGUAUUUCAGAAGCCCGUGACGAACUUCAACGUAUGUUGAACGAAGAUGAACUCCGUGACGCGCUCUUGCUUGUAUUUGCUAACAAGCAGGAUCUUCCCAAUGCCAUGAAUGCUGCUGAAAUCACUGAUAAGCUUGGUCUUCAUUCUCUUCGUAACAGACGCUGGUACAUCCAAACCACUUGUGCUACAUCCGGUGAUGGUCUCUAUGAAGGUUUGGAAUGGUUGUCCAACAACUUGAAGAAGGCAUAAAUGCAACACACAGACACACACAGACACACACAUUCCCGACUCUCCUUAUACACACACACACACACACCUUUUUUUUUAUUAUUAUUAUUUAUUUUAAUUAAAUAAAGAAAGAGAAGAAAAAAAAAAUACAGAACGCAGAUGAGAAAAAA